AUGUUCAGACUCUUUACACGCUUCUCUCCGGUCCAGCGCCAGUUAAGCCAGACAGUUCAGAACCUGAAGUUUAGUACCUAUCCUCGAACACAGUUUCGACACUCUGAGAUACUCCGGGCCGGAAAUGCCAAGAAAUCCCCGGGUGCUAUAUUAAAGGAGCUGGGGAAAGCAAAGACCGGUAAACAUGUUACUAAAACAGAGUUUUUUGAUACAUCCUUAUCGCCUGAUGUUGCAAAGAGCACACUGGGGAAUGUAGCAAAGGCCAUCAAGUCUCGUCAAGCUGCAGGAACCAACUAUUUUGAUAUGUCCCUGCCAAAGGGGAUCUCAGCGCCCGAAAAGGGGUCAGUGCAGAGAGCUCAGCUGGAAUCCAGGAUCAUUAAGGAGCUAAAAAGAAUAACAGAGGUCAAUAAGACUAAUGGUUCCACGAAGGUCGGCUUUUUCGAUAAAUCCGUAUCAGAGGAGGUCGUAACGCCCAAACCCAAGGCCGAGAAAAAACCCAAAGCUCAGCAAAAACCCACUGUAUCAAAGAAACUGGAGAAGAGUACCGAUAAGGAUGUUAAAAAAACAGAGCUUUUGGAUAUGUCUCUAUCGACCGAGACUGCCGCGGCGCCCAAAAAAUCCGGAAAGAAAAGCAAUAAAGAUAAGCAAGCUUUACCACAGGAAGCGGCAGAAGAGAGCGUGGGAAAGAAUAAGGAGCCUGUAUGCGUAAAAGCCAAGAAUAAUAAAGCCUUCCCCAGCAGGGACCGAACUCCGAGGCCAAGUGACUUAGCAAAAGUGAAUCUAGAACCUCUGUUCGGUACUACGCAGGAUAUUGAUACCCCAGAUAUUGAUACCCCAGAUCUUGGUACCCCAGAUCUAAGCGUAAUCUCCGCACAAACCUCCACACCCGCAGAGUUCGCAAUUAUCCCAAAGAAAAAGAAAAAGUCCAAAAAGGCCGGCCGCAUCCCCAAGGACCACUUCCACGACCGUCUCCGCCAAAUCCUUCUCUACUACUACUCCCGCCUACAGACCUCGACGCUCCCCGCUUCCCUCGAAGUCAAACAAUUCCUCGCCACAACCCCGUUCUCCACGGCCUACCGCCUCAUAGCCGCCGCCGUUCUCCCUGCCACAAAAUGUCUCAUCAACACCGGUUCUACCGGCCACAUCACCAACUACGGGAAACUCCAAAAGGAUUGCCUCGUCCCCAACCAAGGCUGCUAUAUGAACGUGAUCACACAGCCCAACGGCUCUUUCGGCGUCUAUAUCGGCGGCGCCAGUAGCCUCUCCGGGAAAUGCCGAUCUGUGAAGCGGGCGCUACGGGGACGCCCCACUGACCCCCCAUUUGCGGAGACACGGAGUUGCGGGGGUGCUGGCGUUGGACGGCGGGUGGCUCAACAUCUGGCGGAGAUUGAGAAGAAGAGUGUCAGAACGGCGCAUUACAGAUGUAUACAGGAGAAAGGGAGCCGGUAUGAUUUCCGGCUACUAGCGGCGUUCCAGGAACCCGUGGAUACGGGGGCGGUGUGGGUACUAGAGUCGUUUCUAGUGCUAGAGCUGGGGACGAUGCCGGCGAAGGGCGGGUUGGGGCUAGCAAGGUAUAAGGGACUGAAUAGGCGGGAUCCGUUAACCACGUCGGUCACUCUUUCUUCGAAGGUGGUGACGGCAGGAGUUGGGAAGACGAAGGUGGAACUACCUGCAGUGCAGACUGCAAUAGACGCUGCCAUUUUGAGCUCGGUGACGGAGGUGCACAAACAUCCAGCCGGCAGACUGAGACCGCAUACCCUCCUUCCACCCAACCACGCGACAUCGCCUACAACUGCCGAAAUCGCUGUUUCCUUCUUGGCAACCCCCUUGCAUGUCGAAUACCCAAAGGAAGCAGCCUCUCCUCUAGGACAACAUUGCCAUGUCAUGUCAGUUAACAACAGCAUCAAGUCUAACAGAUGUAAAAAAGCGCUCUGCUCUUAA